AUGACACUCGAAUCAACGAUGAGAAUGUGUGGAACUUUGAAAAGAGGGUUGACAGCAAAGUUUGGUGGCCUAGCUGAACGAGCUACCUCCAAUUGCUUAAUAUUCUAUGAAGCUCGUGCUUUACCACACACGCACAAACGCAAAUACACGAAUUAG